UUUAUAUAUUUGAAUGAAUGCGAUAAGUAAGCAAUUGAUUUUUAAAGUAUACUGCUGAUUAAAAAGUAAACAUUUACUCGUCGGCUGUCCAGUUGAAAAGCAGAAAAAGGCCUAACUGUGAGCCAAUUGAAUUUUACGCGUCUAUCCAAAAAUGUCCUGUUUCGAUUCGUUCCUUUUACUUUUCUUACUUUUGUUGGCUCUCUAUAAAUCGAGUCAGUUUUUCCGGUACGCGUGCAAAUUCGCUUUCUAUUUCGUUUAUAUCUCGACGGCAAGUAUCAUUUUGAUGCCCUAUUUCGCUUUAUCUCCUUGCAAUGUGAACAAUUUAAUUGUCGCAUCAUACGUCAGUCGAUAUAUUUCGUCCGUAUUCGGCAUCAAGUGGAACUUGAAAGGGAAGAAAUUUUUGAGUGAUGACAGCCCUUGUGUUAUUGUGAGCAAUCAUCAAAGUGCAGUCGAUGUACUAGGUAUGUUCGAUAUUUGGCCCAUUAUGGGGAGGUGUGCACCAGUAGGCAAAAGGGAACUUCUAUACAUAUUUCCUUUUGGAUUAGCAGCAUGGCUAGCCGGUUUAGUUUUCAUAAAUAGGAGAGAGCCGAGUCAAGCCAAAAGCCAAAUGAAUCAAGCCGCCUUGUGGGCCAAAAAAGAGAAGAUAAAGCUUUGGAUUUUUCCGGAAGGAACGAGAAGAGACACUGGCAAAAUAGACGAAUUUAAAAAAGGAGCUUUUUAUACAGCAAUAUACGCUCAACUUCCAAUCUUGCCGGUAGUUUUCAGUAACUACUAUUUUCUGAACAGUCGAGAAAAACGUUUUGAUCCUGGGGAAGUGAUUAUAACAGUAUUGCCACCGAUUCCAACGGAAGGAAUGACAGUGAAUGACCUCGAGAAACUCAUGAGCCAAACAAGGACAGCAAUGGAAAAUGCCCUUUUUGAAGCCAAUAAGGAAGUUCGAGAACUGGCUAAUAUUAGAGCAAAUAUUAAAUAAGAAACUGCUGUUUUUAUUUAUUUACUUUUAUAAUAAAAGACUUGAUGUACAGAAGUAAACAAAAAGGGAGUGGUGUACAAACGACCGAUGUACAAACGAUAGAAAUUAUAAUUUUAUUUACAUAAUAUUUACUUAGCAGGAGUAUAGAUAGCAAUAGUUUUUUAUUUAUUUAAGUAAUGUUUUCUACUACAGUUGACAGUAAAAUCGCAACCUUCGUUGCAAAUUAAAAUUUUACUCUCAAUGAACCAAAAAAAGUAUGACUUCAAAAAUUAACAGACAAUAUAAUUAUUUAAAACGUA